AUGAUGCCAGCCACACUCACCGCAUCAUUCCAUUCAAUAAUGAGAAGAACAAUUCCUCCUCCUGUUCAUCCUUGCUAUGAGGCACCCAAUAAUCAUAACCAGAGUAUGAAUCCGUCCCAUGAGGUCUCAAACACAUGCUCAUCCUCUUUGUCUUCCUCCUCUUCUUCACGACUACCUUCCAUUGAAACCAUGUUGUUGAUGAUUUCAGGAAGAAGAAGAGAUUCCUCUUGUUCCACCACCACCUUCUUCUCUCCUUCUUCCCAACCACAACAAGAACCACAACCCAACCAGCAUCAUCACCACCACCAAUACUCUGACCACUUGUUUGUUCCCAAAUUAUCCUGCCAUACAUGGGAGGAUCGAGAGUAUCUUUCAAAACUAACGUUUAAGCCUCCAUCCCUUAUACUACGAUCAUCCUCACCUUCCUCCUUACACUCAUCUCAUCCUCUCAACCAUCCUCUCAACCAACAACAACAACAUGAUGAAGAGAGUCGUCAAAGGAGUCUUCCUCAGGUUCCAGGACCUAUGGAUCGUUAUUCAUUCUCAUCAACACUAUCAGAAAGUCAUGUCCAUGUUGUUGAUGAAUCUUUGACUACCUCUUCUCCUCUUCUUCUUUCUCAUGAGAAGAGUUCAUGCAUGUACCAUUGUCCUACUACUCGAGAGACUACUGUAUUUCCUCUUGCUUCUUCACAACAUGAUCAUUCAUAUCCACAACAACAUGAUCACCUUAAUCAUCAUUCUUCAAAUGCUCUUCACACCUCAAGCUCUUCUUUUGGCUCACAUUGGUCAACAUGGAAGACAACUCAAGAAUAUUCCUUCCUGACGACGUCAUUAUCAGGACGACCAAAUGGAUCUUGCUCGAAGAUGUCUGAGGAGAGCUCGUUGCUGGUGAGCCCAAACCAUUCAUCAAACGAUCAAAAGAACUCUGCUCACGACUACCUGAAGCACCACCACCAUCAUUUCCAACAAGAACAACCAUCCUCAUGCGAAACGACAGUUUCAUACGAAAGUUCAAACAGAACCACCACUCCUCUCACUACUUCUUCUUCUUGUUUGUCUUCUUCGUCGUCGUCUCGAAGAAUCCAUUCUGAGGAAUCAAUUUCGAUUUCUUCUUCAUCCAAGAAAAAGAUCAAUCCAAUUCAUCCUCAUUCUACUGUUGUACAAUCACACCAAGUUGAUGAUGCUGACCAUGAAGAGAAGAAGACAAAAGAUUCCUUAACGAAACCUCAAUAUUCCAAACAAAAAAUUGGAAAAUUGAGAUUAAAGACUUCCUGUACGAAAAGUGUGGCCAAUCAAAAUCAGAAUGGACACAAUAAAGGAUGGUGGACAGAGGAUGAACAUGAAAGAUUUCUUCAAGGUUUGAAAGAGUGUGGAAAUAAUUGGAAAUUAAUUGCAGAAAAGUAUGUGAAAAGUCGUUCGAGGACACAAGUAGCAAGUCAUGGACAGAAAUGGAGACAAUCUUGUGAAAUGCAUGUAGAGAAUGUUGAAUUGGUGCAGGAGAAUUGA